CGACGACACUCUCGUUUCGUCGCUUCUCUGUCACAUACCAGCAGUUGAUUGUCAGCAUAGACUAAUUUUCAACAUGCUGAGAAUUAGAAACAACCCGAACCUCAAUAUCUGUCCGGACUAUGCGUCUGAGGUCUUCGACAACAUUCGCGCACAAUUGGUCAACGAGAACACGACCGAAAUUCAAGCCAUGCAGUUGCUUAGGAACAUUUGGGAGGCCAACAACAAUGCAGUCAAAGACGAGGAACGAGAAGAACAACGUCAAAGGCUAGACAAAGAGGAACAAGAAAGACUCAAUCAAGAGAGGAUCGACGAGGAAGAAGUAGCACGCAAAGAAGAAAGGAAGAAAAAUAAACACAAGUUUAUUCCGAUUCUCGAGGCCGGCAUCCCCGACGAUCCUGCCAACACGCCGUGCUCUUACGCUCUUAAGAAGUUGGACAAAGGUGACUACGUGGAGUUAUGGUAUUUUACCAAUGACGGUCUGGAUGAGGCUAAUCUCAAGAAGACCGUCGACGAUGACACUAUGAUACUGUCAACUCUAGCGAAUGGGUCAAUGGCGUGGGUAUCGUCAGCAUCGACCAGAAGCGCACGUGCAGUAGUCAAUGACGAAAACUUACCCUUCGAGGAGUUUUGUCAAGCCUGUCCUCGCUUUCUGAAAGCGGUAGAAGAAGUGGACUGGCCAGAGGACAGAGUUCAAAUGAUGGCGCGUUUUUGGAUGAAUAUACAAGUCCACGAAUUUCGUGCAUUAAGAGAUCCAUUAGCCCAAAAAGCUCUCCUCGUCUAUCAAGCGGAGCAGCGCAGAUCCUGGCAUGCAGCUGCAAAGUCCUCAGUAGGGCCAUACAACAUCUCUAUCGUUAAUGAGAAAGUUUUGAAGGCCACAAGAGACCGAGUGUAUUGGGAAGAUCGCAACAAGAGAGACAACGAGCAGGACUACAAGGUCAGCGUCUACUAA